UUGUUCGUCAUCAUAGGUUCUCUUUUGCGUUGAACGUAGCACUUAAAUUCAAAAUGGUUGACAAAAUUGACAGAAAAUAGAAUAGAAUGGAAGAGAAUAGAACAGUUGUUGGUAUUUUUGUAUACCUGCCGUGUAUUUCAAGAAAACAAUAAAGAGACUAGGGAACUAGCGAAUGUACAGAUUUAGACCACUGCAUUUAUGUAACGCAUCGAUUAGGGGUUGUUUUGAAUCGGAGAGCAUUAAUUUCUAUGAACUCGAAAAGCGAAACUGACGAAGCUUCAAGGGGGAACGAAGCGUCAUCGUCAAAAAAUCCAACCCCUAAUAAUACUGGAGAGGAAUCUACGUCGGGUUUAUGUUCUGGUACCAACCGCACUCAGGACAUUAUGAAGCGCGCAGCCGCUAGGCAGCUGAUCGAGAGGUACUUCUACCAGUUACUAGAUGGCUGUGGCAAUCCCAACUGUGACAAUCAGUACUGUGCAUCCAGUGGAGAGGCUAGAAAUCUAUCUCCAAAUGAAGCAGCUGCGGAGGCCAUAAAACUGUUCUACAAAGAAGCCCGCCUCUGUGACACACUGCCUAACAAAGUGCCUCGCACAGAAGCCAGUUCCUGUGAUUCUAGUGCUAGCACAACAUGUAACACAUCAACGGCAACAGAAAAAGAUGAUAACAGAGACAAUGAUGGAAAUGCAUCUAGCACAACCCUAGUGAAGGAGAGCACCUCCAAGGAGGAGGAACCACAAACUAGUCAUAAUGUAUCUCAACAUGAGGAAUCCAAAACUCGUAGUCAUAACAAUGGUGCCCCAUUGACAGAGGAGCGUAUGUAUGAGUUGUGCGAGGAGUGCCUGCAGACAAAGAUGCGGCAGCCUCUCAUCAGGGCGCUGGGGGAGGCCUUCACACAGCCCGCCAUACUGGCGCGGUGUUUCGCUAGCAAGGUGCUCGAUAACACUGGCGAGGAGGGCGAGUCUAGCUCAAAUAAGGAAACAAAAGCAAUGUGUUUAUCAAAUGAUCCAGACAAAGAUGUGGAUAGUGUGACGGGGCCCGAGUUAGACGUGGCGUCCUGUCGCAGAGCCUUUCAGUAUCUUGCCAAAGUGCCAUCAGAAUACUACAGCUCAGCUCUAGUGACUGCACUGAAAACGUUAGCGGAUUACAUGGGUAUUGACUUACGGAUAACUAAGAAGAUGAGCAUCGAGGACGCGGUCAACUGCUUCGUGAUCGCGUUCGAGGUGCCCGACCUCGGCUGCAGCGACUACCUCGAGAUAGCACUGCCCGCGCUCUGCCAGGCUGCUGAGCAUCUGUCUCUAAAGGGUCAAGCAAGGUUAGCACGCAUCUGGGCGCAGCACUGCAAGGACAGUCUACGUCACAUACUAGAGACACUGCAGCAGCUCAUCACACUCAGGGUAAUAUCUACUAACUACACGAGGCAGUUCCAAGUGCAGGACGACGAGGUGGUCACCAUGGCAACCAAGUUUAUGAAGAUCGUGUACUACGCCAACAUGCUGGCGGGCUCGCUGGAGCCCAACAGCCUGCGCGAGGAGCACAUCGUGCUGGCGCGCGCGCACGACCCGCUGGAGAACGUGCUCGGCCACCUGUACCCGCCCGCCUCCGUCAAGGGGAACAGGCCCGCGCAGCACGACGACCCGCUAGCCAUUGAAUUAGAAAUUAAUGUUUUAGACGCUAGAAAGCCAUAUUUGCCAUUUGAGGAAUUUUACAACGAACCUCUUAGUGAUACUAUUGAAAUGGAUAUAGACUUCGGUAAUUAUAAGACGGAAAUAAGUAAAGGUAAGAAGUUCGCGUUCCUGCGCUACCCGUUCAUCCUGACGGUGGCCACGAAGUCGCUGGGGCUGUACUACGAGAACCGCAUCCGCAUGUACUCGGAGCGGCGCGUGUCGCUGCUGCACGCCGUGGUGGGCGCGGCGCCGCCCAUGCCCUUCCUGCGGCUCAAGGUGCGCCGCAACAACAUCAUCGACGACGCGCUCGUGGGGCUCGAGAUGGUAGCAAUGGAGCGGGCCUUAGAUCUCAAGAAGCAGCUGGUAGUGGAGUUCGAAGGAGAACAGGGUGUAGACGAGGGCGGCGUGUCCAAGGAGUUUUUCCAGCUCAUCGUCGAGGAGAUCUUCAACCCUGACUACGGAAUGUUCACGCAACAGCCCGACUCGCACACUGUCUGGUUCAACAUGACGUCAUUCGAAACGGAGGCACAGUUCACGUUAAUCGGCAUAGUUCUGGGGCUCGCGAUAUACAAUAAUGUUAUCCUCGCGGUUAACUUCCCCAUGGUCGUGUACAGAAAGCUCAUGGGCAAGAAGGGUUCCUUCGAAGAUCUCGCUGAUUGGAAUUUCACACUUUAUAAUGGUCUAAAAGACAUGCUCGAUUACACAGGCAACGAUUUAGAAGAAGUAUACUACCAAACCUUUAGAAUUUGUUAUCAAGAUGUGUUCGGAAACGCCAUAUUUCACGAUUUAAAAGAAGACGGGGAUAAUAUAUUCGUGACACAGGAAAACAAAAGGGAAUUUGUGGAAAUGUACGCGGAUUUCCUUCUGAACGAGUCGGUGGAGUCUCAGUUCAAGGCGUUCCGGCGCGGAUUCCUCAUGGUCACGGACGAGAGCCCGCUGGCCGCGCUCUUCAGGCCAGAGGAGGUCGAGAUGCUCGUCUGCGGGAGCAAGAACUUCGACUUCAACGAAUUAGAAAAAUCAACGGAAUACGAUGGCGGCUACACAUCUGAAUCGCAAACAAUAAAAGACUUCUGGAGCAUCGUCCACAGUUCGUCGCUGGACGACAAGCGGAAACUGUUACAGUUCACGACCGGCUCGGACAGGGUCCCGGUCGGCGGGCUCAGCCACCUCAAGCUGGUCAUCGCCAGGAACGGGCCCGACUGCGACAGGCUGCCCACCGCACACACCUGCUUCAACGUCCUGUUGCUGCCCGAGUACGAGACCAAGGAGAAACUACAAGACAGACUGAUGAAAGCAAUAAGCUACUCGAAAGGCUUUGGCAUGCUUUAACGUUACGCGCAUAGUAUUGACGUUGAACAAACGAGUAUUGUUGUAAAUGAGCCAUACCCGGUCUUUGUAACAUUAAUGAAUAAAGUUUGUUUUAUUUAUACACAA